ACCCAUAAGCCUCAGUCAGCAUACAUGUGCCUUUUCGAUUAUCAUGUUAGCUCCCAUCGACAAUAUGGUAUGUCAAGACUCAAGUAGUGAGGAUGAAGAUCUUGAGAAAUUCAAGGAAGCCGCAUGGACUUUUCAGACAGGUGGAACUAAUGGCACAAACUCUUCAGGUGGAAAGAGCGAUGAAAUGCAAUCACGCCGCGUUAUUGUAUCUCAACAUGAGCAUGAUGGAAACGAGCUUCAGACGUCCCCGGAGUUCCGAGAACAUGUUGCGAAGAAAUUAGGAUCGAUGCUUGAUCGUUGUAUUUCAGAGAUAUCUGUUGAAACAAUUUCACAUACAGAUGCAUGUGAAAGCAACGAAGAAGUGCUCGAAGGCUUUCGGCUGUUCACCACAUCCAUCCCAGGGCAAGAGAUGGAUGAACAACCUCCUGUAAGACGUCGCCCCAUCCCAAGCUCCAGUGACAGUGACAGUGAGAUGGAGAUGAGACUAAGAGAGGCAGCAGUUCCCGUCACAGACUUCUUCCCCCCAUCAUCCCUGUCUGCUGGGUUUGCGUCUGCCCUGCCGGAGUCGUCCUCCUCCCUUCUCACCAUCCAGGCCACAUGCACAAAGAAAAAGAAGAAGAAGAAGAAGAAAGGGGAGACAAGUCUGGAAGAACUUGUGGCAGAGGAGAACAGCCCUGUCCCAAAGAAAAAGAAAAAAGAACCACCCUCACAAGAGUGCUUGGAAGAUGUUGAGGGAAAGUUGGACACUGAAAGCCCCUCGCCUAACGCUAAAACCAAAGUUGAGGCAACGAGUGUGGAGAUGGAGAGCUUACAGCAGAAAGUCAAACGGAGGAGAAAAAAGAAACCCAAACAGGAAGCCGCCGAUGAGUAAAAUGCAGCCUUAUGUGGAGGGCCUUCUGGACUCUGCACUUAUUGUAUGUCUGUACAUAUUGUUGUUUUCUUGGAGUUGUAAGAUAAUAAUCACUUCUGUAAUGUACGCAUUGUAUGCUGUAAGUACUUUUUCAGUUCAGAUGUGCUUGCUAUGUUUGCCCUCUUAAAAGUGGACUGAGUUGA